UGCCCGCCGCCGCGGAGCCCAUGGCGUCGGCGCCCCGGCCCAGCGUGCUCCGCCACGUCCGCUACGAGAACUUGGUGGCCGGCGUCAGCGGCGGCGUCCUCUCCAACCUGGCGCUGCACCCGCUCGACCUCGUCAAGGUCCGCUUCGCAGUCAGUGAUGGAUUGGAGUUGAGACCGAAAUAUAAGGGAAUUCUGCAUUGUCUGACUACUAUUUGGAAACUCGAUGGAGUGCGUGGCCUUUACCAAGGAGUAACCCCAAAUGUGUGGGGUGCGGGUUUAUCCUGGGGACUCUACUUUUUCUUCUAUAAUGCUAUCAAAUCCUAUAAGACGGAGGGGAAAGCAACACAGCUCGAAGCAACAGAAUACCUAGUGUCGGCUGCUGAAGCUGGAGCGAUGACCCUCUGUCUUACAAAUCCAUUAUGGGUGACAAAGACAAGACUUAUGUUACAGUAUGAAGGUGACGUGAACUCAAAAAGACAGUACAAAGGAAUGUUGGAUACUCUUGUAAAAAUAUACAAAAAUGAAGGUGUGCGUGGAUUGUACAAGGGAUUUGUGCCAGGGCUGUUUGGAACAUCCCAUGGUGCUCUUCAGUUCAUGGCGUAUGAAUUGCUGAAGUUGGAGUAUAAUAAGCAUAUGAAAAGAAUGCCAGAAGCACAAUUGAGCACAUUAGAAUACAUAUCAGUGGCAGCACUAUCUAAAAUAUUUGCCGUGGCAGCAACCUACCCCUAUCAAGUCGUGAGAGCCCGUCUUCAGGAUCAACACAAUUUAUACAAAGGAGUGCUGGAUGUAAUCAGUAGGACGUGGAGGAAAGAAGGUGUUCAUGGAUUUUACAAAGGAAUUGUCCCCAACUUGAUUAGAGUGACACCUGCCUGCUGUAUUACCUUUGUGGUAUAUGAGAACGUCUCACAUUUUUUACUUGGCUUUAGAGAUAAGUAAAAGUAAACGAAAGCUCAGAGCUCAGGAAUAGAGUUCCAAAGUAUCUGUUGAGAGCAACUUAUCCUUUAGUGUUGUCGUGAAAUGUGGAAGACUAUCGUACCACAACCCGGGCAAAAGAUGGAGACCGGUUCUGUAACUGUUGGAAGAAUUCAUAAACAGAGCAGUCCUCCCAGCCCUUUUCCCCGCUUUUGCCUUCUCAGCUUUGCAUGUGCCUCAACUCCCUUUACCCGGCCUUCAAAUCAACAUUAAAGCUGAUCGGUAGUUGCAGUAGGAAGUAGAGCCAUUUCGACAAGAAGAAACUACUCUGAAUUGGCUUGUGCUUCGAAUGGAUUUUCCUAUCUCUUGCUAAACCGGCUCGGUUUUAGACUCCAUUUCUGGGCAGUUGCAAGAAUUGGCUUCCUUUAAGGCUAUGUAUGAAAUAUUACAUUUUAAAGGAGGGAUCAAAGGUUGGAAGGAAGUUCAUCGGAAAUCUGAGGAUCCAAAUCCAGAAUGUACCUUUUAAAUAAACAUCCAACUUAAGGGGAUUAGCGGGAGGAGAGUAGUGAGCCUUGCGAAAUUUGGAAGAGAUUGAAAUAGUCUAUUUUGCCUCUUCCGUAUUUUUCUGCCGGGAUCCCGCCCUAGUAGGAAACUUUCCUGCGGCCUCAAGCACCACUUUUCUAGCUGAUGAGUUGGGGUUUUUUUGAAAAUUGAUUUUUCGUGUUUUCUGAGCUCCCGGAUCCAGAACAUUUCAAACUUCGCAUUUUCAGACAAUGCUGUGUAGGUAACAAAGCCCCUGGGCAGUGGUAGAAGAGUGUGGAGAGCGAUUUAAGUGAACAGGCUGGUUUUCGAGGAACUGGAUGUGAUUUCGGUUUAAUAGUGCUAGCGUAACCUUGAGCACCCUGGUUUGGAUUCCAAAUCCGUGAUUCAUUCACUACUGGCUGCCAAUGCGUUGUUGAGGUGCUUAUUGUGCCUUCGCCCAUUAGUGCUGAUUCUACCCUUGUAGGUCUGCCAAGGUAAAGGGCAGAAAAGCAAAUCUAUUCCUAAUUUAAUUUAUCAUAAGCAUCCUAUUUCUGCUAUACUAGUACCAUUUAUUUCUUGUAAAUAAAACAUUUGUUUUCAAAGCCAUAAUAAUUGAAAUGGAUCUUUGAAAGUGGAUAUAUUUUUAUAUUUAAAUGACAUUGUUUGAAAAUAAAAAUGAAAUGAUAAACGCUCA